AUACAUGUGGCUGCUAACAUUGACGUACUUAUAGGUAUGUCUAGUCUGUAAGCUUAGUCUAGGAAGCCAAGCUCGUAUCUAUAUAUCUCUCAAGGACCAGCUGUCCAGUUGCUGUUUGCUGAAAUCGUACAAGUAAGGCUGUGUGGAUCCUUGAGCUAGCUAGCUAUAGCUAUAAACUCUGCAGUCUAAGUCACUUUCAGUGUGUGUGUGUGUGUGCAAGAGAGGCCAACAUGACUACAGCAUGGAAUAGAGCUCAAAAGGUGAUGGUACUGGUGGCACUCCUCAGUCUCAGCCAUUAUGAUCUGAGCGAUGCCAAUAACCAGACUGCGUAUCAAGAGGGAAGUGGCUCAGGCAACGACCAACCAGAGGCUGUGACCAACCUAAAUAUCUUGUAUAGCGAAACGGAGAACACUAUACAAGUCACGUGGGACGACCUCCUCAAUAUCAACGACACAGAUCUUGGCUACAGAAUUGACUACUCCUUUAGUGCUCUUGACACUGUGGUAGGCAUGGGGACAGUCGUGCUAUCAAACGUACUCACAAACUCGACAAGUUUUGAGUACGAUAUUCUAGCUGCCCAGUUCUCCGAGGAUGGCGUGAUUGUCAAUGUGACUGUUCAGGCAUGUAACUCAUUCAGCCUGGGGGAGACUACAUCAAUCAACCUCGACUUCAUGGGAGUGUUUGCCCCUCUCCCUGUCAACUUUACUGUGGAGGUCAGCUCCACCCAACCUGCCAUCACCCUCUACUGGGACAAUCCCUUCGACAGCCUCCCCCCGGACCAACUAAUCCUCACUACCGUGGCAACCAAACUCUCCGGCACACCACUUACUGAAAACACAGAAACACUUACCCUAACACUGGCUGAUCUCACUUCUGGGAUUGGAUUCGACUCAUCCUACACAUUAUCAAACCUUCAGUUCUACUCAAAUUAUAGCAUCUCACUGGCAGCUGUCUACAGCGGAGAAACAAGCACAGCUAUAGUCAGGGAGGCCACCACCAUUCAAGGAGCUCCCUCUCCCACGGUCAACAUCACUGCCGCCAGUAUCACGUCCACGACAGCUAUCAUCACAUGGGAGGAGCCAGCUACACCCAAUGGAAUUAUCACUGGCUACUCACUCACACUUACAAACAGUACUGGGUCACUCGAUCGUAGCACUGUCAGCAAUGAUACAAUGUUCGAGGUGGUUGGGCUCAGUCCGUUUACAGAGUACACAGUCAGUGUGCAGGGGAUGACUGAAGGAGGGACGGGGGAAAGUGGGCAGGGCUUAACCUUCACCACCCUCCAAGACAUACCUACUCCUGUGCAAAGACUAGCUCUGGUGAUCAAUGACGCCCACUUGAUUGUCACCUGGAUGGCCCCGAUGAGUCCUAAUGGAGUUAUCAUCGGUUACAAUGUGACUCUGUCUGGAGUCAACCUUGCCAACAAUGAAGUGAUUAACAUCUCUGAAAACUCAAAAAUUGUCACGGAUAUUAGCUACACUGUGUCCCACACCUUCAUCCCCUAUUCAGACUACACAGCCGUUGUGUUUGCAUCCACCAGUGUUGGGCCAGGUCCCAUGACAACAGUUACUGAGCAAACCCCUGAACAAACCCCAGGUGCUGUGCAAGAUCUGACGUCUGAGUUCAACAUCGAUGUUCCCACUUCAUACAACGCAAACAGUGGUUUGUACGAAGGCAUGCUCAGUAUAUCAUGGUCUGAGCCUCUUACUCCCAAUGGAGUCAUCACUGGAUACAGUUACACAGUCAAGGGGCCAACACCAGACACUGAUAUAAUAGUUAGUAUGACUACUAAUAGUACUGACGUCAUGGUGGAUGCCAGCCUGCUCCCUGCAAGGGAGUACACUGUGACAGUGACUGCAUCUACUACUCCAGGUCCUGGGAACUCAUCAAUGGCUACUAUCAUCGUGCCAGAAGCUACUCCUACUUCUGUGCAAGAACUUACCCUAAAUGUCUCAGCUACUGAGAUAACUGUCAGCUGGAUGGUCCCAAUGAUGCCUAAUGGAGUUAUCAUCGGCUACAACGUGACUCUGUCUGGAAUCAACCUCGUCAACAAUGAAGUUAUUGAAAUCUCUGGAAGCUCAGUUGUUAUCAAUGAAACAAGCUACACUGUGAACCACACCUCCAUUCCCUAUUCCAACUACACAGCCGUUGUGUUUGCAUCCACCAAUGUUGGGCCAGGUCCCAUAACAACAGUUACUGAGCAAACCCCUGAAGAAGCCCCAAGUGCUGUGCAAGGUUUGAUGCCUGAGUUCAACAUCGUUGUUCCCACUUCAUACAACGCAACCAGUGGUUUGUACGAAGGCAUGCUCAAUAUAUCAUGGUCUGAGCCUCUUACUCCCAAUGGAGUCAUCACUGGAUACACUUACACAGUCAAGGGGCCAACACCAGACACUGAUACAGUAUAUAGUGCAAAUAUUACUGACACUGACGUCACGGUGGAUGCCAGCCUGCUGCCUGCAAGUAACUACACUGUGACAGUGACUGCAUCUACUACUGCAGGUCCUGGGGACUCAUUAAUGGCUACUGUCAUCGUGCCAGAAGCUACUCCUUCAGCCGUGAUUGGGCUAGCUCUGAAUGUCACUGGCAGUCAGUUGAUUGUCAACUGGCACACUCCCUCCACUCCUAAUGGAGUUAUCAUCGGCUACAACGUGGUUCUGUCUGGAGUCAACCUCGCCAACAAUGGAGCAAUUACCAUCACUCCAAACUCAGCCACUAUCAAUGAAACAAGCUACACUGUGGACCACACCUCCAUUCCCUAUUCAGACUACACAGCCGUUGUGUUUGCAUCCACCAAUGUUGGGCCAGGUCCUAUGACAACAGUUAUCGUGCAGACCCCUGAAGAAGCUCCUACUCCCGUGCAAGAACUAGAGCUGGUGAUCAAUGACACCCACUUGAUUGUCAGCUGGAUGGCCCCGAUGAUGCCUAAUGGAGUUAUCAUCGGCUACAAUGUGACUCUGUCUGGAAUCAACCUCGCCAACAGUACAGAGAUUGGAAUUGAUCCAAGCUCAGCCAUUGUCACGGACACUAACUACACUGUGGCCCACACCUCCAUCCCCUAUUCAGACUACACAGCCGUUGUGUUUGCAUCCACCAUUGCUGGAGACAGUACUAAUGAAACGUCCACUAUACAAACCCCUGAAGAAGCUCCUACUCCCGUGCAAAGGCUAGCUCUGGUAGUCAAUGACACCCACUUGAUUGUCACCUGGAUUGCCCCGAUGAGUCCUAAUGGAGUUAUCAUCGGCUACAACGUGACUCUGUCUGGAAUCAACCUCGUCAACAGUAUGGAGAUUGGAAUUGAUCCAAACUCAGUCAUUGUCACGGACACUAGCUACACUGUGGCCCACACCUCCAUCCCCUAUUCAGACUACACAGCCGUUGUGUUUGCAUCCACCAGUGCUGGAGACAGUACUGAAGAAACAGUUACUGAGCAGACCCUUGAAGAAGCCCCAAGUGCUGUGCAAGAUCUGAUGUCUAUGUUCAACAUCGUUGUUCCCACUUCAUACAACGCAACCAGUGGUUUGUACGAAGGCAUGCUCAGUAUAUCAUGGUCUGAGCCUCUUACUCCCAAUGGAGUCAUCACUGGAUACAGUUACACAGUCAAGGGGCCAACACCAAAGACUGAUAUAAUAGUUAGUAUGACUACUAAUAGUACUAGCAUCAUGGUGGAUGCCAGCCUGCUCCCUGCAAGGGAGUACACUGUGACAGUGACUGCAUAUACUACUCCAGGUCCUGGGGACUCAUCAAUGGUUACUAUCACUGUGCCAGAAGCUAUUCCCAGUCCAGUGACCAACCUGAUGCUGGUGAUGACAAACUCCUCCUCCCUGACUGUCACUUGGGACCCUCCCAGCAUGCCAAACGGGGACCUCACAUACACUGCCACCCUCUCAUACACUGACCUUGCUACUGGCACCAUUAAAACAGUCCUCACGAUGCAAACUACGGAAAAUGAUCGCAGUGUCAUGUACAACUCUGAACCAAUGACGUUCUUAGAACCUUACGCUCGGUACGAUGUGGUUGUGAUUGCAUCGACAAGUGUGGGAAAUUCUACAGUUACCAUGGACAGUAUCACCACUCCACAAGGAGAGUCCGAGGCUCCUAGGAACAUUACGAUCAUAGCUACGACCAACACAACUGUUAUCGUCUCAUGGGAGGCUCCCUUUGACCCUAAUGGAGUCAUCUUUGCCUACCGUAUCACUGUACGGGACUCGAGCAUGAUGGUGGUCAGUAGCCAGAAUGAGUCAAACACCACUUUUACAUCAACCUUUGACAACCUGAUCCCCUUCUCUACCUACACUGUGACUGUGAGACCACUCACUGGAGAUAACGGAGAGAUAGUGGGAGAGCCAGCAAUGACUACCUUCAUGACAGAUACAGGAGUUCCGACCACUCCUGAGAACCUGAAUGUGCUAGUCUCCUCCUCCACUAGUCUGAAUGUGACCUGGGACCCACCUAGUAGCCUCAAUGCUCCCACUGUUAGCUACAUCGUUCGCUAUAGAAAUGCUAGCAAUGCUAUCUUGGUACCAGGUUUAGUGGAAACCGAAUUAUUUAUUGGUGGUUUGGAACCUUUCAUGGAGUACUCUGUGUCAGUACAAGCUUGCUCUACAGAGGGUUGCAGUGACUUCACACUAGAGGUGGUCAGAGUAACAGGAGAAGCAGUUCCCAGUCCAGUGACCAACCUGAUGCUGAUGAUGACAGACUCCUCCCUGACUGUCACUUGGGACCCUCCCAGCAUGCCAAACGGGGACCUCACAUACACCGCCACCUUCUCAUACACUGACCUUGCUACUGGCAUCAACGACACAGUACUCACGAUGCAAACUACAGAGGAAGAUGAUCGCAGUGUCACGUACACCUCUGCACCAUUAGAACCUUACGCUCGGUACGAUGUGGUUGUGAUUGCAUCAACAAGUGUGGGAAACUCGGACCCAGCUACAGCAAGUGUAUUCACAGCACAAGGAGUGUCCGAGGCUCCUAGGAACUUGAUGACCAUACCAACCAACACAACUGUUGUCGUCACAUGGGAGGCUCCCUCUGACCCUAAUGGAGUCAUAUUUGCCUACUCUGUCACUCUACAGGACUCAGACAUGACGGUGGACGAUAGCCAGAAUGAGUCAAACACCACUUUUAUAUCAACCUUUGACAACCUGAUCCCCUUCUCUAACUACACUGUAAUCGUGACAGCACUCACUGGAGAUAAUGGAGGGAUAGUGGGAGAGCCAGCGAUGGAUACCUUCAUGACAGAUACAGGAACUCCCUCCGCCCCUACACUCACCCUCCCCAACGCCACCUCCCCCACCACCAUACAAGUGGAGUGGGCGGAACCAUCUGUCUCUAACGGCAUCAUAACAACAUACUUAGUCACCUACAUAGUAACAGAUGCUGAUGAAUCCACAAUACAAACUAUUACCACUAAUGACAUCAUCACGUCUCUAGAGCUGACUAAUCUCACGGUGUUCACUAACUACAGCGUGUUCGUACGUGCUGCGACCACUCUAGUCGGACCCCCCAGCGAGACCGUUACCGUGGUGACUCAAGAGGACGUUCCUGGAUCCCCCCUCAACCUAAUGGCACUAGAGCUCAGCUCCACCUCUAUCAAUGUAUCCUGGACGGCCCCCUCUCAACGCAACGGCAUCUUACUCUCAUACACUGUCUACUACGCUAUCGAUAAUCUGGAUGCCUCAAAUGGUGAAGAACAGAUGUUGGCUGUGGAUGUCUUAGAGGAUAUGGAAAUGCAAUUUGUUGUGUUGGAGAAUCUGACUGAGUUCACUAGCUACAGAGUGGAAGUAUCUGCAAGUACAGUUGCCGGAGAAGGGGGGCGCUCCAGUGGGGUUCCCGUGACAACCGAUCCCGACAGCGCUAGCCCUCCGAGAUUUGUAAAUGUGAUGAUCAUCAGUUCAACUGCUAUUGAAGUUAGCUUCAGCUACCCCUCAAUACCACGUGGACAAAUCUCCGGCUAUUUAAUCGAAUAUGGAAUUUCCGAAACAGACCUUUUACUUCAUUUCGGUUCCAAUUUGACCGUUUUAAAUCAUACGCUUGACACCUUGAAUGAUAUGAGCAAUCAAAGUGUGACGAUAGACUCUCUGCUUCCAUUCACACACUACGUGUUCCGAGUUGCAGCAUACUCAUUCUCUGAUACUCCAUUCCGGAUUCAUACCGGAGUCUUCAGUUUAGACACUGUUGCAGUUAGAACAGACGAAGAUUUACCAACCGCUCCCCUCAACUUUGCCAUGGAGCCGACGUCCGACUCCUCCCAGCUCACGGCGUCAUGGCAACAGCCCACCCCCUCUAAUGGCGUCAUCACCGGCUACACUGUCUACUGUACUAUAGUAUCCACUAUGGACGAGUCACCAUCAGAAGAUAAUUUUGCAGUUUUUGCCCUUCUAACUAGUGCAAAUCUCGGAGUGAUGAUUAAUGAUUUGCAGCCUUUCACGUACUACCAGUGUUUUGUGUCGGCUAAUACGAAUGUAGGGAAGGGGCCUGGCUCUAACAGGAACACCACUCGUACCAUACAAGAUGCUCCGGACGCUCCCCCACAGAACCUCGCACUAACUCCCCUCACGUCCACCAGUGUCAACGUCACGUGGGAGGCUCCACCCAUUGAGAAUCAGCGAGGGAUUCUCACCAUAUACACCAUAUCUUAUCAGAUGGAAGGGAUCACAACGUCAGCCAUUAGUAUGACUGUGGAAGCUAGUGUAUUGUUUUUGGAGCUGACUGGUUUAGAGAAGUUUACAAUGUACAGUGUUAACGUUAGUGCUAGCACUAUGAUUGGAUCGGGACCAGUUGCCGUGGAGACCGUCAAAACUCUAUCAGACACUCCCUCCAUGCCACUCAACCUGGGCUACAGCAACGACACCUCCACUAGUGUUAACCUCACCUGGGACAUGCCCACUAGUCCGAAUGGAGUUAUCGAAUCCUACACUCUGCAAAUAGACGAUGUAUCAACUAUUUCCACGCCUGUUUCAGUACCAAAUGUGACGAAUAUCAACGGGAGUUUGACAGUAUACACAUUGACAGGAUUGCUUCCAUUUCAUACGUACGAGCUGGUGUUGUACGCACUCACGGACAGAGGGGCGGGGCCUGGGAGCACCCCCCUCACUGUCUACACACUGGAGGACUUACCAACUUCCCCUCUGAACUUUACACUGUCAGUGGUAACAUCCACCCAACUAAUGGCCAGCUGGUCCCCACCAAACCCAGUGAGGGGACACAUCACAGCCUACACUGUCUACUGCAACUCAUCAGCCCAGCAGGCCUACCCUGAGAUCAGUAACAGUGCGGUUUUAGCAUCAAUCACAGUCGAUGGUGACUCUACUAUGAUGUCUAUUCCUGAACUGACUCCGUUCACGUCAUAUGACUGUCAUGUGACUGCCAGUACGUCUGUUGGGGAGGGGCCACCUUCCAAUACUGACACUGCAAUAACAGCUGAAGCAGCUCCUAGCAACGCUCCACAAAAUUUCCAAGCAGACAUAAUUAAUUCAAUUCAAGUUACCCUCUCCUGGUCAAGACCCCCCACUCCCAAUGGAGUCAUAACACGUUACACGGUUACCUAUAGCAACGAGACUUCUACAGAUAUCAGCAUGAUGGUGGAUUAUACUGAGAUGGUGACUGGCUACAUUGUGGAUGGUCUCAAUGAGUUCACUGUCUAUGUGUUCCGUGUGACUGCCACUACAGCAGCUGGCACAGGCCCUGAGGCUGUACUGAACCUGACUACAGCUCAAGAUAUACCGAGUGCUCCUCCUCAAAUGCUAAAUGCUGCUUUCAUUGACUCCACCGCUCUCUCUGUUAACUGGCUACCUCCUCCCGAACAAGACCAAAACGGCGAGAUACUCAACUACCAACUUACCUACCAAGUAAAUGGCACUACCGAUGCCAUAGAAACAAUGAUAACUGUGUCCGGAUUGAAUACAACAAUAGAAGGAUUAGAGAUAUUCACACUAUACCUGGUGUCUGUGAGACCUCAGACAGUGGUUGGAUUGGGACCAACAGCUGUGGUUGUUGUAAGAACCGACUCGACAAGGCCUGGUCCUCCUCUAUCCGUGGCUGCACCGGAAGUCACACCUACAAGCAUCUUUGUAACCUGGGAGCCCCCAUCUCCAGUUCGUGGUGACAUAAUCUCCUAUAGCGUAGGGUACACUAGCAGUGUUCACACUGGCAAUAUGGAGAACAUCACUGUGACUAGUGUCAACAUCACUGGUCUUAUGGAGGCUGUCCUGUACACUAUCACUGUGUAUGCUCAUACUGAUAAGGGCCGUGGUAAUGGAGCCACGGUCGUGCAAAUGACAGACGAACACUUCCCUGAUGAGCCCACCAUGUUUCUAGCCGAAGUCCUUGAUUCUAACGCUAUUCGCCUGACCUGGAACGAACCUUCUGACCCUAACGGCGUUGUCCUUAGUUACCAUCUCGAUGCCUCAGUGAGUACUCAAGACUCUUAUAUCACAGAGACAGGUUUGGAAGAUUUGGAUAGUACGCUGGGUAAUGGAGACCUGAGGGAGUUCGUGUUGACUGGACUUCACCCGUAUGUGCAAUACGUGUUUCGGUUGUCAGCUGCUACCAGUAUCGGACAAGGAAAUGCAACACUACCCAGGGAGCCUAUGACUCCGGAAGCAGCACCUGCCCAGUCAGUGAGCAACAUUAUUGCCAUCGCUGAUAGUUCCACUUCAGUGAAUCUCACCUGGAUCCCACCCCCACGCACGUUCUGGAAUGGACCAAUCACUUCUUACAUUAUAGAUUACACUCCAGUCAACAACUGUAGUAACGAACAGGUUGCUAUCAACUACACCUCAAAUGGUAGCCGCACUCUAACUGAGCUCAUGAAUCCAGCUGACCCCAGGAAUGCGACUAGUCUAGUGGACGAGUUGCUAUUGGUUACCGAUCUAGAGGAAUUCAUUAGCUAUCGGUUCACUGUUGCCAUAACAACCAGUGCUGGCUCAAUGCCAAGUAUAGACAGUGGAUGUAUACGAACAAACCCAACAGCACCUGCUGUUGCCCCGGAAGUAGCACCACUGACAGUGACCUCCAACACAAGUGCUACUCUCAAGUGGGAGGAGCUUCCUAUCAUACAACGCAACGGAAUUAUCUCUCAUUACAUAAUCAAGCUCUCUAACGACAGAGACAACUCCACACAGCUGUACAACACAACCAACCUGUCAUUGAACUUGACAGGAUUGGUGCCCUUCACAGUGUACAGUGCUGUAGUGUCAGCUGUGAACCAGGAGGGGGAGGGGCCACCCUCACAGCCUCCUGUGUCAGCCAUUACACUGCAGGGAGUACCUGAGGCUCCUACUGGUCUGACACUGACUGACCCAUCUCCCACUUCACUGACAGUGAACUGGAACCAACCUAGCGAGUUCUUUGGAGUGCCCAGUCUUUACUACAUCACAUACAAUGGGGAGAAAGCAGGGAGCACGAACAAAAUAACGGUCAAUGUUAGCAGCACAAGUACCUCAAUCACUCUGAGCCAGCUGGUUGGAGACAACACAUACACUGUCUCUGUAGAGGCGUCCACUGAGGGGGCAGGGAGAGGACCACUCAUCACUAGAACGGCCGACCUUCCUGCUGGAGCAUCCCCUGUGGUGGUUGUGACUCCAGAGACUGUAGCUAUAGUACCAGUGGCUGCAACGGAUGCUUUAGGGCGUCCGAUGGUAGCCAGUCCCUCCUCCAUUCCUAUCAGCUUCGAGAUCUUACCAGAGCAACAGGUCAACGGUCCGGUCGACGAAGUAUUGAUAUUUGUUCAACGACAACCUAGCAACAAUCGUGCAAUAGGGACUUACUAUGACAACACUCUGCUCACCAGUGAUUGGUCCAGAUACCCCUCUGUCAAAAUCAUCCCACCAUCGUCCGGAGGGCGCAAGAAGAGAGCUGAGGGAGGUAUACCAAUCUCGGUAGAUAUUGGAGGUGUUGACGAUUGUGGUCCGGAGGAUGAGGUGUGUAACGGGCCACUGGUACCUGGUACCGAUUACUCAGUCGGCUACAGGCUCAUUGCUGGAGGCCAGUCCACUGAUUAUGAGUUCCCAACGAAUGCUACGUUUUCUACAGCCGAGGCUGAAACAAGUCCUGUGGCUAUCAUUGCGGCCAUUAUUGUCGUGGUGUUGGUCAUCAUCAUAGUAAUCGUUGUCAUUAUUCUAAUUGUCGUCUGUGUACGCCGAAAUAGACGUGGAAAGUUCGAAAUUGUCACAAGCCAUAAGAACGGAGGCGCACAGAAGCUGAUUCCACGAGACAAUGGCCAUGGUGUACCUGCCCUUGGUCCCUCGGAAACCAAUAUUGUGCCCCUGAGUGAGACACUCUCAGCCGGGAGCACCCCCACCAAGUUCCCCACCCUCCCACGGGCCAACUCCAGGAAGAUACACAUCAAGGAGUUCAAAGCUUACCUGACUGAUAUGCUCGACGAUUCAGGCUACAAGUUCUCAGAGGAGUACGAGAGAGUGACUGAGGUUGGAUUGGACCAUGCUAAGGAAGCCUCCCUGAUGGCUGAUAACAGGGCUAAGAAUCGCUACACCAACAUCCUGGCGUACGACCACUCACGCGUGAAGCUGUCCUUCGUGGAUGAUGAACCCGGCUCAGACUACAUCAAUGCCUGCUAUAUACCGGGCUAUCGAAUGAGGCGUGCGUAUUUGGCCACCCAAGGUCCACUGCCCGCCACCUUCGAUGACUUCUGGAGAAUGGUGUGGGAGCACAACACACACAUCAUCGUUAUGCUGACUCAGCUCGUUGAAAGGGGAAGGACCAAGUGUCAUCGUUACUGGCCCGGGACAGAUCCCUCUGUGUACGGGGACAUUGCUGUGGAGCUCAUUAGUGAACACGAGAAAGAGGACUGGACUGUUCGAGAGUUCAAACUCAGCUCGGUGGACAGGAAGACACGAUUGGUUCGUCACUUCCAGUUCACCUCUUGGCCUGAUCACGGUGUACCAGACACUCCAAUAGCAGCCAUCGACUUUGUCAAGACAGUGCGUAACUAUGUGGCCCCUAACCACGGAGCUUUCGUUGUACAUUGCAGUGCUGGUGUGGGCAGGACCGGCUGUUUCGUGGCUCUGGACACUCUCCUCCAGCAGAUGAAAGACCACGAUUGGUUGGACAUUCUGAGCCUGGCGUGUGAGAUGAGGCAACACAGGAAUCACAUGAUACAGACUGAGGCACAGUACGUGUUCAUCCACAAGGCAAUACAAGAAGUGCUGGAGGCUGAAGCUGGGAUGAAUGGAGGAGGCCUCUCUCAGAAUGGGUUCUCUCAGUCGGGCAACUACCCCAUCUACGUGAAUCAGUUUGCAGAUGAUCAGAAUACUCAAAUGACUGACUAUUAUGCCGAAGACUUCCUGAGUGAUGAGACUCACAUGUGACAUUGUCUCGAGCGUCACUUUUAAUUAUUAAUUUGAAUCAAUGUUUUUUUAUGUGUUUAUAUAAUUUUGUAUAAUUAUUAUAGAACUUGUUUCCAUAGUGAUCAACAAGAGCGUGUAUUGUAUGUACUAUACAUUCACAAUCAAACUACCAACAAUUUUUGUUUUCUAUGUAGUUCCCAGUCACUUAAUUAUGAUCAGUAUUAUAUAAAAUUUAUAUUUUUGUCUAAUUUACCCAAAAAAUUAAUAGAAUACUUGCGACAUAA